AAAUUGUUAUCAUAUUUACGCAUUUUGACGCUGCCCCGCUUUCGGCAUCCACAACUUCCCCCCGAGCAAGGACCGCUUGGCCUGUAUCGGCCCAAGCUGGCGCCCCGUAAUUUUGCCACUUCUUUAUUGGCUCAAAGCUCGACCCUUCUGAGACUUCUAAGUUCUCAGCCUUCAUUCUCUCCUUCGGCACCAGGUUCCUUUUCCAACAGGCCUGUGGCCUCAUGCGACGGUAUCCCAUUGUUACUUCAUUGCCUCCGGUGCGCUCUCCCAGGCUAAAUCGCGUCAUCAUGACAAGUUCUGAGGUCCUGAGUCCCCCUCCGCCGGCUGCGGUGGCAAGCCUUGCUGCGCCGCAACUGCACAGCGUGGACCUGCAGUCUCUGCAGCUGCCUCUGGUUCCCGACGUUGUCAGCGUUGAAACUGGCGAUGUCUCCGCCUUUACCAGGAGUGCUUGGCGCAACGACACGGGCAAGACGGGCACCUAUGGGCUUCCAACUAUGCUUGAUAUGAAGGCAGAGGCAUUGGAGAUGGUGCAGUUGGACAACUGGAGCGUUCAGCCUGUGGACCGCGGCCCGGCAACUGCGGCCCCUGAUCCGAAGCUGCUCCGUUCCUGGCAGUACCAGGCGACGGGAAAGCUUGCUACAGCCCAAGUCUUGGUGGACUUGAAGGCUGAGCACAUCAAGUCGGGUGGACCCAUGGGUAUGAAGCAGGAGGCAAUCAAGCACAUCGUAAAGCACAAGCCAGACGACACCUUCUAUGUGGUCGACCUUGCUAACGUACAGCGCAUGUUUAAGGCCUGGCGCGCUGCGAUGCCCCGCGUAAUGCCUUACUACGCUGUCAAGUGCAACCCGGAGCCAGGGAUCCUGAAGUUGCUGGUGGCGAUGGGUGCUGGCUUUGACUGCGCUUCCAAGGGCGAGCUCGACAUGAUGCUGCGCAUGGGGGUUUCGCCUAGCCGUAUCAUUUUCGCUCACCCGUGUAAACGAGCGUCAGACAUCCGCUACGCCCGAGACCACGGCAUUCAGUACACUACAUUCGACACUGUGUCGGAGCUUUACAAGAUUUCUCAAAUGAACCCUGACUUCAAGUGCGUACUCCGUAUUCGCGCGGACGACCCCGAUGCCCGCGUCCCGCUGGGCUUGAAGUAUGGCGCUGAGGUUUCGGAGGCGCCAGUUCUCCUGCAGACCGCCAAGGACCUUGGGCUCCAUGUCGUCGGCGUUAGUUUCCACGUCGGCAGUGCAUGCCAAAACCUCUCGACUUUCAGUGGAGCUAUUGAGAAUGCCCGCAAGGUGUUCGACGAGGCCCACACGUUGGGAUUUCACAUGGAGCUCCUCGACAUUGGUGGCGGCUUUACUGGCCACUUCGAUGAGAUGGGGAACGUAAUGUUCGGUGAGAUUGCCAACACCAUCAACACAGCUUUGGCUGCCCACUUCCCGCCUGAGAUGGGAGUCCGUGUCAUCGCGGAGCCUGGCCGCUACUUCGCCGAGACGAGUAGCACAUUGCUGACCCCGGUGUACGGCCAGCGGGACCGCGUUGCGCAUGAUGGAGCUGUUAAGAAGGACUACUGGCUGACGGAUGGUCUCUACGGCAGCUUUAACUGCAUUCUCUACGAUGGGCAGAGUCCCGCGUACAAGGUCGUUCGCUCUCCCCUGCUUCCGGAGCCGGCUGAUAUCCGCACCUUCACGUCCACGUUGUGGGGCCCCACCUGUGAUAGCGCUGACUGCGUGUACAAGGACGUGCAGUUGCCCGUACUUCGCAACGGAGAUUGGCUGAUGUGGAAUAACGCCGGCGCUUACACCGUCGCUGGUGCGUGCGACUUCAAUGGCAUCGAGUUCACUACUCCCGGCAAGCUCUACGUCUGGUCGGAUAGUGCUGUGGACGUCGAGCUGGCAGAGGAGAAUGUCAUGGAAGCGUGAUGGGCUAAAUUUAUGUACAGCUUCUUUUUCAUGUUCUGGGAUGUGAAGCAUAACUGUGGUUUGACCGUUUUUUUUGUCGAGGCUACGGUCUGAUUUUAAUGGGUAGUGAAACUGUGUCAAUGACGUUUCUAUAUAACAUUGUCUUUUUUUCCGAUUGUGACCUUUUAUGUCACCAACUUACGAUUGGAAUUCAACAAUUCCUACGCGUUUCGAUAAUUGUAGGACUCGGCAGGAUGCAAUGCUGUGUUUCCGCUAACUAUCGUCAAAUGAAAACAUUCAUAUGUGUCGGCUAGGAAAUUCCUACCGGAAGGGCACCAAUCUAUCUGAGGUAUCUAAUUGUAACUAAUAGAAAGGUUUA